AUGACGCAGCGAGUUUCAGUCGUGACUUUUCUAGGGGCAUCGCGGCGUCCCCUUUUUUUGCCUUUAAAGUAAAACGUCGCCCCGACGCACCCCCCGCGAAUUUCGGGGGGCGGAGGCGGCGGGCCACGGCGCGAAGAGGGGCGGUGCUGACGCCGGCCGGUCACGUGGGCGUGUUGUGGGGGGGAGGGGCGCCGCCGCGCGGUCGGUUCCGGGCGGUUGGGAGCGCGCGAGCUAGCGAGCUAGAGGCAGCCGCGCCCGCCGCCGCCCCUGCUCUGUAUGCCGCUCUCUCCCGGCGCGGCCGCCGCCGAUCACAGCAGCAGGAGCCGCCGCCGCCGCCGCGGUUGAUGUGGUUGGGCCGGGGCUGAGGAGGCCGCCAACAUGCCGCAGUCCAAGUCCCGGAAGAUCGCGAUCCUGGGCUACCGGUCUGUAGGGAAAUCCUCAUUGACGAUUCAAUUUGUUGAAGGCCAAUUUGUGGACUCCUACGAUCCAACCAUAGAAAACACUUUUACAAAGUUGAUCACAGUAAAUGGACAAGAAUAUCAUCUUCAACUUGUAGACACAGCCGGGCAAGAUGAAUAUUCUAUCUUUCCUCAGACAUACUCCAUAGAUAUUAAUGGCUAUAUUCUUGUGUAUUCUGUUACAUCAAUCAAAAGUUUUGAAGUGAUUAAAGUUAUCCAUGGCAAAUUGUUGGAUAUGGUGGGGAAAGUACAAAUACCUAUUAUGUUGGUUGGGAAUAAGAAAGACCUGCAUAUGGAAAGGGUGAUCAGUUAUGAAGAAGGGAAAGCUUUGGCAGAAUCUUGGAAUGCAGCUUUUUUGGAAUCUUCUGCUAAAGAAAAUCAGGUAACAGAUUCUAUAAACCGCAUUUUGCAUUGUGUUGUCAUCAGUCGCAGGGAUGUGUUCUUGCAGUUGGCAAUUGACCUCUGUCUUGAUCACUCCUGUGUAACAUUUGGCCUUCCACCAUUUCUAAUACUAAGCUUUGUGUUGCUUUAGGAAGGUACUACUUAGGUGUUUAUAAAUUCGGUCAGUAUUCUACUUACAGUGGAACCUAGGAUAUUUGUAGGAUAAACAGAAACUAUUAGUAAAGGAAAUACUACCUUUUGUAAACAUGUAUUUUUGUUUUGUAUUAAAGCUGGUACAGAAAUAAGUCCAUACAGGGGAAAAAAAAAGAAUUAUAUCACUUUAGUACUAAUUUUGUAACUGUACCCACCCCCUGGCUUUUUUUCUGUUAGAUGAAACUAGGUCAGACGUACAUGUUAAUUUUUAACAUAGAAAUGAUUAAGAACCAUCUUAUAAGCAUUUAGUACCAACUUCACCCUGCAGAUGUACCUUUAAAGGCAUGUUCCGGGAAGGAUGUAGAUUCUGCUUCAGGGAGGCUUCACAAUCCUGUAUGAACCUUUUUCUUCCGUUGCUUUAAUUUAUACUCCCGGCACCAAGCUUGUCUCCCACCCGCAGUGCAUUUUUCACCUAUAUAUUUUUCUUUGCUGCCCUUGACUUUCUAAAGAUACACAUCUGAUGGUACCAUCCUCUACUCAGAAACUGUCAGUGAACUGCCCCUUCUCUAUAGAACCCUUCUCCUGGUCCUGAGUGCAGUCAGUAAUUUGUUCUUUUCUAGUGUCUUCUCUCGCCACGUUCUUGUACUUUCAGUCACAUCAAACUGCUCCCUUCCUUAAACACACCAUCUCCUGUCCACCCCACUUUCAAAAUGUCUCACCUUUCCUCAUGCUCCCCUCCGGUUUAAAAUAGCCCUUCUCUAAGUAGCUACUUAUGUUCAUGUGGAGUUUUAUAUUUUGAAUGUGUUUUCAACAUGUGGUGGUGUUUGAUACUCAGGUAAGAUGACUUGGUUUUCAUUUCUCUGAGGAAACUAGUGUAGUAGGGUGGUGCCUCCUCCCUGGGAGGGCUGGGCGCCAGCAGCCUUAGCACUCUUCCUUCCCUGCUCCGCAUGACAGAGGUUUGUAGUCCUCAAGGCCCCACCUAGAUUUCACCUUCUUGUUGACCCCCUCUGGAUCCAUCCAGCUGAAAGAAAAUUGUGGUUUCUUCUCUUAGCCCUCUUAAUUUGUUCUGAGAUCUGAGUCGGUAUCAUUUAUAUAAAUAUCCUUCAUAAUGUUCAGCACAGUGGGUUAUCCGUCAGCCUAAGUAUCCUGUGAUGGUCAAAUUGGCUUUGUCCUGUGUUGGGAUAUGGAGGGAUAGUGAGUCCGUGUGGUUAUGUCCUCUUAUGUGUGGAUGAAAAGAAAUGAAUAAACAGAUCCGUGUAAUUGGUUCCCAAGUUCCAGAUAGCAAGGGAUUUAUCGAAGUCAGCUCAGUUUCUGAGUAUACACAGAAUUCAAAUAAGAACUGAGAUAGUUAAGAGAUACCUAUAUUUUAAAAAUCGAAUUAAAUCAAUCAUCCAUUGAGUGCCUACGGACUAUAUCCUUCAGAUCAUGUAGUUAAAUCGCCUCGUUUUAGAAGUGAGGAAAUUAAGUUUCAGAGAAGUUAAAUGACUUUUCUAAGAUCACCCACUACCUUAUGUGGUAUAAGAACUAGGACUGAAUUGUAAAUCUCAUCCACAUCUAGUCCUUUUUUCUCUACACACUGCUUCCUGUCAAUCAGGUGAUCCGAAGCCGGUGACCUAGAUUAGACAAGCGGGGUGGGACCUGGGGUUGGCUUCGGUUAACUAGGAGGACAGACACCUCAUUCAUACCAACAGGACAGAAGGCUGAGGAUGGGAGCCCGCAUUCAACUGGGUGGGUCAGCUUGGUGGACGGAGGAUGUGGAGUUCUUUCAUGAAUGUGGCUUCUGUUUUCCAGUGAAGUGUGUAAAACAAGGUUUUCAGCUGAGCGUAAGGAUGGGGAACAUUUGAGGAGAAGGGACAAGGCGUGGAUCUUUCUCUGGGGAGUGCCCAGAUCCAGGGAUGCAGGCGGGUGGCUAGGCAGCACCAGGCGUCUGCGCCAGGUUCCUGGUCAUGGGUGUGAGGUCAGCAGUGAGCGGUGUGUGUUUUCCCUGGGCAGCGUUUACUGUGUGGCUGCGGGCACCAUGCCAGCAACAGUUGGUAGGGAAGGGAGUUGAAGUACAGUGGCGCCAUGGUGGCCUGCUGAAUCUGAGCUGACCGAGAGGGAAAGGAGCAGCAAGAAGUGGUUAAGGGGACAGGGGAGAUGUAAUAAUAGGGUCAAGAAAUCAGGCCCCUUGUGGGGCUAAGAAUUGUUGCUUCAGGAUAGCUAGAGAAAGAGAGCUGGGAGGGUGGUGUGGUGGGACACUGGCAGUUGGUGUGUUGUGGUUUCGUGGGAUACUGGAAGUCACUGGAGUGAUGGAGGAGGGGGAUUCUUGGUGAUUAGGAGAACUGGGCACUUCCUGUGGGGCUUCUGAGAGCAGGGGCAGUUUUUCAUGACCACAGGACUGCAUUUAAAGGACAGGGUCUGGGAGUCACGGUGGCUCAGGCCUGUUGUCCUGGUGCAAAAGGAGGCGAGGCUAGGCGUUCGAGGCCAGCCUGGGCAACACAGAAACCUCCAAUCUGUAUAACAAAAGACAAAUAAAGGACAGGGUCUGACAGUUCUCCCCACGCAGUGUAGGAAGAGUUCCUGCUCCACGUGGCCGUGAUUGCUGUCUGUGGUGAAGGACUGGGGGGUUGACCCUGGGCUGAGGCUGAGGGCAGGAAGACAGUCAGGAGAGAGGCCAGGAGAUAGGGCGGGCAGUUUGUGGAUUGAAAUGACCGAGAAUUACGCCACAGAGGUUGUUGGAGGCUGGCAUCGUGGCAUCUCAGGAGCACGGAGGGUGCCUCCCCCACUUGAGGCCUCUUGGUGUCAAGGAUGUGAGAGGCAAGGGCUGCUGGGAGAGCAUGUCCCGUGGGAAAGGAGGAAAGAUAGUGCCAGAAGUGAAGAGGGACUCUGAGGUCUAGAGGACACUGGGGUGUGGGGGUCAUGGGGUGGAGUGGGACAGGAGAUGGUGGUGAGUCUGGGAGUGAGGACUCUUCGGGCGUCUCCUGGUGCCUGAAGAAAACAGGGUCAAAAGCACAAUCGGAGGCUGGUUAUGGUCUGGGUCAGGAGGGAUGGACAGUGGCCUUACUGGGUGUCGGGGUCCCUGAAGUUCUGGGGCUCACCAGAACCCCUCCUCCCCACCAGUAGGAGGGCAGGGCAGGCGGCAUGCCCUCCUCAGUCCGUGAAGUACUCGGAGUUCGGCUUCACACUAACACUGUGAUUGGGUUUCUUUCUCUUUUCAGACUGCUGUUGAUGUUUUCCGAAGGAUAAUUUUGGAGGCAGAAAAAAUGGACGGGGCAGCUUCACAAGGCAAGUCUUCAUGCUCGGUGAUGUGAUUCUGCUGCAAAGCCCGAGGACACUGGGAAUAUGUUCUACCUGAAGAAGCAAACUGCCCGUUCUCCUGGAAGAUAAACUCUGCUUCUUUUUUCUUCUGUUAACCUGAAAGAUACCAUUGGGUCAGAGCUCCCCUCCCUUCAGAUUAUGUUAACUCUGAGUCUGUCCAAAUGAGUUCACUUCCAUUUUCAAAUUUUAAGCAAUCAUAUUUUCAAUUUAUAUAUUGUAUUUCUUAAUAUUAUGACCAAGAAUUUUAUCGGCAUUAAUUUUUCAGUGUAGUUUGUUGUUUAAAAUAAUGUAAUCAUCAAAAUGAUGCAUAUUGUUACACUACUAUUAACUAGGCUUCAAUAUAUCAGUGUUUAUUUCAUUGUGUUAAAUGUAUACUUGUAAAUAAAAUAGCUGCAAACCUCA